GCUAGCAAGGCCGAAGAUUGCAAACCUGCUCUGGACAUGGCUGAUACAACAGAGGAGAAACCAUUUGUUUUUGAUGUCCUGUCAAAGCGCCACCAACGACAAUUAUUAAGUGUUCGACACAAGACCACGAUUCAGUAUGCUACACGGCCCGAUUUACCAAAGCUGGCCUACAGGAAACUGAAUGGGAAGAGUCCUGGAGUGGUUUUCUUGCCUGGGUUUGCCUCUGUCAUGGGUGGACAGAAAGCAGAAGCAUUAGAAGAGUUCUGCAAGUCUUUAGGUCACUCAUACCUCAGGUUUGACUAUUCUGGCUGCGGGGCAUCUGAAGGGGAAAUGGGUAACUACAACAUUGGUGCCUGGAAGAAAGAUGUCCUGUAUGUACUGGAUGAACUAGUAGAGGGGCCCCAGAUUCUGGUGGGCUCCAGCAUGGGUGGGUGGCUGAUGUUGCUAGCUGCUCUUGCACGGCCAGAGAAGACAGCUGCUUUAGUGGGCAUCUCAACUGCUGCAGAUCACUUCGUCACUGCCUUCAACUCCCUGCCAAUAGAGGUACGAAAAUCUUCAAUGUCGUUUUGUAAACAUUUGAACAUUUUGAAUAUUGGUAAACUACUAAUAAUAAAACCAGUAAUUUGUUCCAAAUUGUGUACUUAUGUAAAUGUAAUUAAUGCCACUUUACAGGAACAUAUCACUAGCUAUGUUUCCAUCAACCUGUUUUUAUGCGCAUUUUGGAAUAUCGCAUAAAAAAAAACACUGGAUGAAAAAGACAAGAUGCGCAUAAAUUCUAAAACUUAUGCACACAAUUGAGUAGGAUAAACUUUUUAUCUGAUAAGAAAAAAUGCGCAUAAACUACAAUGGAAACACAUUU